AUGGCUCCUCCUUAUGAUAAUGCGAUUUUUGGUUCGAUAAUUUUCGGAGUACUGGGAUUCAUUGCUGCUGUUUCUUCAACUAUAUAUUUUGGUAUUAAGGGAAGCAAGAAUCUCUCCAGAUCCGAUACUGCCAAAACUUCUCUCGUUGUAGUAGUAAUGAUGACUUUCUGUUUAUGGAUUAUGUGGUUUUGUGUUUACCUUUCCCAGAUGUUCCCAUUAAUUAACCCAAUCCACAAAGCUGAAGAACAUUAA